ACAGCCGUGCCUCUCCCGCAGGACAGCGCGGAGCUGCUGAGGGCGCUGCUGCACGGCGGGGCAGACAUCCAGCAGGUGGGCUACGGGGCUCUCACCGCCCUGCACAUCGCCACCAUCGCCGGGCACCGCCAGGCUGUGGAUAUUCUCCUGCAGCAUGGAGCUUAUGUCAAUGUUCAGGAUGCAGUUUUCUUCACCCCACUGCAUAUUGCAGCCUAUUAUGGCCAUGAACAGGUGACCCACCUCUUGCUAAAGUUUGGAGCUGAUGUGAAUGCAAGUGGUGAAGUCGGAGACAGACCUCUGCAUCUGGCUUCUGCCAAAGGCUUUCUCAACAUCACAAAGCUCCUGAUGGAAGAGGGAAGCAAAGCUGAUGUGAACGCUCAGGACAACGAGGACCACGUCCCUCUGCACUUCUGCUCUCGAUUUGGACACCAUGAAAUUGUAAAGUUCCUGCUGCAGAGCAGCUUUGAGGUUCAGCCCCACGUGGUGAAUAUCUAUGGAGACACACCUUUGCACCUCGCGUGCUACAACGGGAAGUUUGAGGUUGUCAAGGAAAUCAUUCAGCUCUCAGGAACAGAAAGUCUCACUAAAGAAAACAUAUUCAGUGAAACAGCUUUCCACAGUGCUUGCACCUAUGGAAAGAACAUAGAACUUGUAAAAUAUCUUCUUGACCAGAAUGUUGUAAGCAUCAAUCAUCAGGGACGAGAUGGACACACAGGAUUACACUGUGCCUGCUACCAUGGCCAUAUUCGACUUGUGCAGUUUUUGCUGGAUAACGGGGCCGAUAUGAAUCUGGUCGCUUGUGAUCCCAGCAGGUCCAGUGGGGAAAAGGAUGAGCAGACCUGUUUGAUGUGGGCGUAUGAGAAAGGUCAUGAUGCCAUUGUGACGCUCCUGAAGCAUUAUAAGAGACCUCAGGAUGACUCACCCUGUAAUGAAUACUCACAGCCUGGAGGAGAUGGCUCCUAUGUGUCUGUUCCAUCCCCUCUAGGAAAGAUUAAAAGCAUGACUAAAGAAAAGGCGGAUGUCCUCCUCCUCCGGGCGGGUUUGCCGUCGCAUUUCCACCUGCAGCUCUCCGAGAUAGAGUUCCAUGAGAUCAUCGGCUCAGGGUCUUUUGGAAAAGUAUACAAGGGACGAUGCAGAAAUAAAAUUGUUGCAAUCAAACGCUAUCGGGCCAAUACCUACUGCUCCAAGUCUGAUGUGGACAUGUUCUGCCGCGAGGUUUCCAUUCUCUGCCGACUGAAUCACCCGUGUGUCAUCCAGUUUGUGGGAGCUUGCCUAGACGACCCCAGCCAGUUUGCCAUCGUCACUCAGUACAUUUCGGGAGGGUCGCUCUUCUCCCUGCUCCACGAACAGAAGAGAACUCUUGACCUGCAGUCAAAAUUAAUCAUUGCUGUGGACGUUGCCAAAGGCAUGGAGUACCUCCACAACCUCACACAGCCAAUCAUACACCGUGAUUUGAACAGCCACAAUAUUCUCCUAUAUGAGGAUGGUCAUGCAGUUGUUGCUGAUUUUGGAGAAUCUAGAUUUUUGCAAUCCCUGGAUGAAGACAACAUGACAAAACAGCCUGGGAACCUACGCUGGAUGGCCCCCGAGGUGUUCACCCAGUGUACACGGUACACCAUAAAAGCUGAUGUUUUCAGCUAUGCUUUGUGCCUCUGGGAGCUGUUAACAGGUGAAAUUCCAUUUGCUCACCUGAAACCAG